AUGAACAAAGUUUUGAAAUCUCAUAAACACAACAUCUCCGAUAUAAAUGAACUUCAAACUUCUUUAGACAGUAAAGCCGACAAGAACCAUACACAUAAAUCCUUCACUACUGUUAGAGCAGACGACAUAAUAUUGAACUUUGACCUUGGUUCAAGUGCACCAUUAGAAAAUCCAAGUACAAGCGUAAAAGAUACACUAAACUCCUUAAAUAACAAAUGUAUGAACAUUGAAAGUCAUGCCAGAAACUUUGAAGCACAUGAACUACCAGCAAUGUUAGAUAAGAAAGCUGACAAGAACCAUACACAUACAAGUUUUACAACUGUUGGUAUAGAAAGUAUUGAAGGAACGGUUGAAGAAACUGGUGGGGAUGCAUUAUAUUGUAAACCUCCUAACUUUCCACAAGGUUUAACAUCGGAUGACGACAUAACGACGAUGAAAAACAUUAGAUGUAAAGAUGUUUAUGUCAUGAAGGAUGAACAUAAUAUUAAAUUCACUGCUCAAGAUUUAUAUGACAAGAAAGCAGACAAAACAGAGCUUCAAACAUUAAAGACAGAAAUACUUCAAACAUUAUAUCCUAUAGGCUCUAUUUAUACGUCAAUGAACUCAACAAAUCCAGCAACAGUUUUAGGUUUUGGUACAUGGCAGCAGAUUGUAGACAAAUUCUUAUACUGUGCUAACUCUUCAAAGCAAACAGGAGGUUCGAAGAAAAUUACUGAAGCAAACCUUCCACCGCACACUCAUACAGGAACUACAAACACAACAGGUAGUCAUUCACAUUCAAUAACAAAAAGAGGUUAUACAAAUCUUGCAGCAGGUUCGGAUAGACAGGGAAUGCAUAGAUAUGAUAUUUCAAGUGACCCAGUAGAUUCAAGCGCAGGUAUUUUCUGUGGAACCGCAGGAAAUCAUGCCCAUACUUUCACAACAAAUCCAACAGGCUCGGGUGCAGAUUACAUGCCACCAUUUGUGACUGUAUUUGCAUGGUACCGCGUUCAAUGA